UUCCCUUACGCUCUUUCCUCCCUGUCAAUCGUGGCUAAUUUGCGGUCAGGUGAAAGCGAUUUACACUACCGAUGACUCUAAGAAGACUGUAGAGUGGAGGAAAAGUAACAGGGUGACAAUGAGUGUCCUUACCAACUGGAUGCCUGAAGCCCACCUCGCAGCCAAGGAAGCAUUUGACAUGGGGGUCAGUGUCAAAGAGGACCUCAGCGAUGUCACAGAAGACACAUGGCUGGAAUUCAAGGAAGAGCCGCUUGAUUGUGCAGAUGAAGAGAGGGAUGAAACGAGAGAAGUGAAAGUGAAGCAUGAAUUUCUUUUCUUUAAGAAUCCUCAAGACCCCAGACAUGAAGUAAGUGAAAAAGACUCAUUUAACUUGAUUCAGGAUUGCAGUGAUGUUUUUGUAGGAGCGGCAUUUGUGGCAGAGGAUUGUGGCGACAAGAACUCAUCAGAAGGGGAUCAAGUGAUGCAUAAGGAUAGUCAUGAGGAUACACAUGGAAAAGUGGAAACUGAAUUUAAACACUUGGCAUGUGAAUUAUGUGGCAUUCCAAAGGAGAAGCUAUAUAGCUGUAAGAUUUGUAAUAAGGCCUUCCCAUCCAAAAGAAAUCUAGAAAUACAUAUGCGAGUACAUACAAAGGAGAAGCCAUACAAUUGUAAGAUUUGCGGUAAGGCUCUCUCAUCCAAAAGUUAUCUGAUAAUACACAUGAGAGUACAUACAAAGGAAAAACCAUACAACUGUGAGAUUUGUAAUAAGACUUUCACAUUUAAAAGUAAUCUAGUAACACACAUUAGAAUUCACACAAAGGAGAAGCCAUACAGCUGUGAAAUUUGCAGUAAGGCCUUCUCGUCCAAAAGUAUUCUAGUUAUACACAUGAGAGUACAUACAAAAGAGAAGCCAUAUAGCUGUGAGAUCUGCAAUAAAGCCUUUCCAUCCAAAAGUGAUCUGGUUAAACACAUCCGAGUACAUACUAAGGAGAAACCAUACAGCUGUGAGACGUGCAAUAAGGCUUUCCCAUCAAAAAAAAACCUAGUAAUACACAUGGGAGUGCAUUCAAAUGAGAAGCCAUACAGCUGUGAUAUUUGCAGUAAGGCUUUCACAUUCAGAAGUAAUCUACUGACACACAGGAGAGUACAUUCAAAGGAGAAACCAUACAGCUGUAUGAUUUGCAAUAUGGCCUUCACAUUCAAAAGUAAUCUACUAGCACACACGAAAGUACAUACAAGAGAGAAGCCAUUUAGCUGUGAGAUUUGUGGUAAGUACUUCCCAUCAAAAUUUGAUCUGGUAAAGCACAAACAAAUAUAUACAAAGGAGAAGCCAUACAACUGUGAGAUCUGCAGUAAAUCCUUCCCCUCCAAAAGAAAUCUAGUUAUACAUGUAAGAGUACAUACAAAGGAGAAGCCAUACACCUGUGAUAUUUGUAAUAAGGCCUUUUCAAUGAAACAGAGCCUAGUGAGGCAUAUGAGAAUACAUACAAAAAAUAGGCCAUAUACCUGUGAGGUUUGCAAUAAAGACUUCUCACAGAAAAGUCACUUAAUGCAACACACAAGAAUACACACAAAAGAAAAGCCAUAUACAUGUGAGGUUUGCAAUAAAGCCUUCUCAAGGAAUAGUCACUUAGUGCAACACAUGAAAGUACAUACAAAAGAGAAGCCAUAUUCAUGUGAUGUUUGCAGUAAGGUCUUCUCACGGAGGAAUUAUCUAGUGCAACAUGUUAGAGUACAUACAGAGGAGAAGUGAUAUAACUAAGAGGUUUUUAAAAAAAUAUAUUAAGUAAAUCACAUGCCAAUAGAAAUAGAAGCCAUACAAACAUGAAUUACUUCAAUGUGCAUAUCAGUCACAGGCUUUAACUC